GUAAUCAGCAACGCUCCGGCGUCGAGAGCACCUCCCCUUGAACGCCGACUGGAUACUUUUGAUGAACGGGGGAAAGAGCACCGCUAUAUUGAAGGGGGCAGCUCGGGAAUAAACAGAGAACCAUUUCUUCGGCUCUGGCCGUGUUGCAUUGUCUCGUCCGCACUCAGAUGCUGCGGUCACAUGACCAAGAGCUAUAGAGACUGCCAGGAGCUCAGAGUUUAGAAUGGCUGUGCCUCUGUCUAGCUGCUGCUUUGUGGCUCUGCCACCUGCCACCGAGGGUUCGUUUACGAUAUUUGGGAAGAAUUCAGUAAGGCCUUGCAAUGAAGUUCAAGAAGUCAUUUAUGUUCCCAGUGCUUCUCAUGAGCCAGGUUCAAAGGUUCAGUGCACAUACAUUGCUAUUGAUCAGGUAGAAAAGACACUUGCUGUAACACUAAGCAAACCAGCCUGGAUGUGGGGGGCAGAAAUGGGAGCCAAUGACCAUGGAGUCUGCAUUAGUAACAGCGCUGUGGUGACCAAAGAGACAGUGACAGAGACAGAAGGAUUACUUGGGAUGGACCUUGUCAGGCUUGGUUUGGAACGAGGUACUACAGCAAAAGAGUCCUUAGAUGUUAUAGUGUCUCUUUUAAGAGAACAUGGACAAGGUGGCAAUAAUUUUGAAGAUGGAACCACACUCCACGCUUUCCACAAUACAUUUCUCAUUGCGGACAGGACAGAAGCCUGGGUCUUGGAAACUGUUGACAAAUAUUGGGCUGCUGAGAAAAUUACAGAGGGCUUGAGAAGCCUUUGUAAUCAAUUGUCUAUAACCACCAACAUUGAUGCAGAGCACCCUGAGCUUCGAAGUUAUGCCCAGAAUCAGGGCUGGUGGAAUAGAGAGGAAGAAUUCAACUUUAGUGCAGUUUUCUCCGUACCAGGUGGAGAUGAGGAUUUGGAUCACCAUUGUGCUGGCAAGGAACUUCUACAAAAACAUGCAGGAAGCAUCACGAUGCAAACGAUGAUGAAUGUGCUGCGUAACAAAAACAGCAUGGAUCUGAAUUCUUACCUUAUUACAGGGAGCAUGGUGUCCAUCCUUCCCCAGGGCAGCAGCUCACCAUGCAUCCACUUCUUCACAGCCACUCCCAAUCCUGCAAGGUCCAUCUUCAAACCUUUCAUCUUUGUAGAUAAUGUCAAGCCAGUCCCUAAAACACAGUCUCCGAGUUUUGGUAAUGAGGACCCAGUAAAGCAGCAGCCUCGUUUCCAGAGCAUGGUUGACCGUCGACAUGAGCUCUAUCAAGCUCACGAGUGUGCCAGAGCAGUUAUGGAAACUGAAGAGGAUGCUGGGCAGAAGCUUUGGAAAACCAUGCUGGAUUUGGAAAAACAAGGUCUGGAAGCCAUGCAGGAUAUCUUAAAGUGUGAAGGACCUUUAGACACUUCAGAAUUUGCUGACCUCUUCUAUGAUUGUGUGGACACUGAAAUUAAAUUCUACAAGUGACCUGCUGGCAGUGCCCCAUUGGUCUUUGUAGGCCUCGUUGGAAAACAGGGUGAGGAGCUGUUCAAGACAAAUGAAUGUCACUUAAGUGAAGUAAAAAAAGACUUAGUGUUGCUUGGUUUGUCUCUUUUUUUAAUCCAGAUAACUCGGCUACUCCCCUGAAGUAAAGUCAUCAUACAUUCAAUUGUGUAUUGUCUACUCUUUGUGUCUAGUGAUAGGAAGCAGCGAGUGCUUGGUUGUUGGUUGUGUGCAUGCAGAAAUGAUAUAAAGCAGGACCUUCUAAAUGUUUUAUGUUUGUAAUGGUAGCAUUUACAUCCUUUUAAGCUCAUUCAUUGAGUAAAGAAUAAUCAGGUGACAAAUUAAAAAGCAUGGCAUAAUCUGCAAUGUGCCAUGAUUGGUGCCCUUUGUAUGAUUUUUUUGUUUGUGAUACAUCUUGUAAAAUUUGAUUUGGCCUGAGGAACUGUCUAUUUCUCGUUAACAAGUUUAAUGUCUUGCAGCAUGUAUUUUGUGGAAUUUCUUAUACUUUACUAUAAUUAAUGGCAAUUGAAAUUGAUCCCUCAGCAUAUGCCAGCUACCACAGUACUGGAACACAAACAUUAAUUUUUAACAUGAAUUAGAACUCCAGAACCUUGAGAAUUCAGUAAAAAUCUGUUUAAAUAAAAUUCAAAAUAUUUGUAUAUUUAGUAUAAGGGAAAAUGAAGUAUGCACUGCAUGCAGCUCUCAGUUAUAAUUGUAUUGGUUGUAGUUCAAGCUUUGUUCUCAGUUUAUAUUAUUUAACUUUUCAUGAGUUUUGCACAGUUAGAUGUCACUUAUAUUCAGAAUGUUUUCUGGUUUAUUAAUCACAUUUUAUAAAUUGCAGUAUUUUGGUCCUUGUAGCAAAAAACACGUUCUGUUAUGCAGAAAAUAAGUAUGACAUUGUUUCAUUUAUUGUCAUGACUUAUUAACUAGCAAGUAUUAGUGUAUCUCACUGUCUGGUUGGUCUCGAUAGACCUCUUUAGUACAGUCCAGUUGAUUUUAAUAAACAAACAUGGUAUAUUUGGUUCAUUGGCUAGCUUAAGUACAGAAAGGCAGAUCACCUUUCUCUGCUAAACAUUGGGACAGCAUUCUCCUUCAUAAUGCACAAUAUGUAGUGAUGCUGAAUUAUCACUUGGUGUCACAUACUUAAAGGUUUAGCAUAAUUAACUGUUACAAAAGUUAUCUGUUAUUUUUGAACAAAUUAUCCCAGCUUACUUUGUUUCAAUAAUGUUAGCACUCUAUGACUUGUCUCCUGCAAUUGCUGAAUUGUGACAAUUAAGUUCAUUUAUGGAUUUAUAAAUUUGUUCUGGCUUAAUUGGUAACUAAAAUAUAUAUCUGUGGAACAAAUGGAUGUGUUAACUAUUAAUGUUUUUACGUGGUUGUUCCCAAUAGGACAAUAAUUAACAGAAAUUACUGGCCUUUGAACUUGAAUUUUAAUUAGUAUGGGGUUUUUUUGUGAAAUAACAUUAUCGAUAUCAUUUGAUUGUUGCAUAAGUCAGGUGGUUGAACUACAUGUAAUGUAUUGUGUACUAUACAUCAAGAUGUGAAUCCUGUACUUACAAUCAGCAGCUGCAUCAGUGCACAUCAUGACUAAAGAAUACACAUUAUGUGGCAAGAUUAA